UGGCCGGCUGUUAACAACUGUUCGCGUGAGAUCACCUUUUUAAAUCCGCAUUGGUUGUGAGCCCUACAAAUGUAGAACACAAUUUUUCUUCAGCGUAGUUGUAUGAUAUACGUGGCAACCCUACAAUUUGCACACCUGAAAACAAAAACGAAAAGAUUCGUAAUACGGAAUAAAAAUUAUUAUUCCAGUGAUUAAAAAAGAAUAAAGUAGUGAUUUAAUCUCGCAACAUAAUGACGGUUAUUGCCGGAGGUCACGGAGAGCCUAAUCCCAAUUCUUCAUGGCUCGGUGCAAGGGGAAUGUGGCUUGCCUAUAUUUUGGGAGUGCUGACAAGCCACUUGAUUUUAUUAUCUAUUCCCUUUAUAACUAUACCGAUGGCAUGGACUAUAACAAACUUGCUGCAUAACGGAGCACACUUGUAUUUCCUGCAUAUUAUCAAGGGGGCUCCAUGGUUCUCUAUUGAAAACGAUGCCGGUCGCCGCUUGACCCAUUGGGAGCAGAUCGAUGACGGUGAACAAUUUACUGCAACACGGAAAUUCUUAACUGCUGUGCCGAUUCUUCUAUUUCUGCUAACAUGCUUGUACACUCGAAAUGAUACCGAUCAUUUUAUUGCCAACUUUAUUUCUUUGGUUAUAGUAAGCCUGCCUAAACUUCCGCAAUUCCAUGGUGUUCGCCUUUUCAACAUAAAUAAAUAUUAAACUAUACACGGGAGACAAUGUAUAAACAAAGGAAGCUCCUAAUUACCAUUUCAAGAGAUAGAAAUGAUUGUGAACAGGGACUCGUAAAAUGGGUAAUACGUUGAUGUUUCUCUUUUACAUGGCUAUUGCAGGAUUUGUCAUGCCACUUAUUAACUCAGUUAUGGAAUUAAAUAAAUGUAUAUGUAAUUUCAUUUUUAUUUAAUCUUAGAGAUUGUAAAUUUACAUGUAUUGUAUGUAAUAAAUAUAUUUAACGAGA